AUUAGUAUAAUUAUUUCUGUGGCAAAUGUUGUCUAGUAUAAUUAUUUAAUAUUUUGGAUAAAUGGGAGAUGGUCCGUUUGAUGCGUUUAGGAGAAGUUUCAUGUUUGGAAUCUUUGAUAAAUCAAAGAUUUCAGAAGUUUUACAGGAACGAGUUGAACGUCAGUCAGGGUUAAAAGUUCACGAAUUACAGUCUUUUCCCUUUUUACACAGACUUCCUAUCCUUCCAAAUUUUAUCAAGUAUUCCCUUACAACCAAGAGGUCACUGAUACUUCCAUUUGUGGCCGAGAUUCUGAAUUCUGAGGAAAACUCUCAAAAUUCUGAAUUUAGUCUAAUUAACUUGGACCAAAUUGGACUCUGCGAUCAGGACUACUUUAGGCUCAACAGAUGCGUAAUAGAGGGCCUGGCCAAGGACAACAAGGACGAAAAUAACCCCAAAUUCUCCAGACUCUCAAAAUGCAAACAUCACUUCAUAAUUUAUGAUAAAUGUGUAACAAAGAGGGACAGAAUGAUAGAUAAGCAGAUUUUAAAGCACGAAUUAAGUCAUUUAACGUCGUUAAAUGAGAAGGAAAAGAACGAAUAUUUCAAAGGCGUUGAGAAUCUGAUCAGUGAAUAUUUCUCUCAAAUGGUCUCUUCCAAGGAGCAAACUGAGAAAUUUGCCCUUGGUAGGAAGAUAAAGUUAAUAGAGGAAAGGCUAAAUAAGCUGAAAAAAAGCCUUGAAUAA